CUUCCGGGUGGCAGCUUAUACUCUCGGACCUUACAACAUCCAGAGAGUGAGGUUAGAGCAAUCUGAGUGCCAAAUAGAGUUUCCGAAUCUCUGUACUUCCGGUCUCUUCAAAAAUGUGAAAAGCCUCUAACAGUACCUGGCAUCAGAAUCAUCUUUUGGCGUUUCUUACGCUGACUUUGUGCUAAGGGAAGUGUGCCCUGCUUGCCCGCAGCCCACUCUGGGUUUUAAAUCCGUCUGUCAUUGCCACUGAGAUCUGACAUUGAAUGAGGCAUUGAUAGAAGAUGAGGCUAAAGUUUUUGACUUGGGAUGUAAAAGAUACAUUGCUCCGCCUACGUCUCCCGGUUGGUCAGCAGUAUUAUAAUGAAGCCAAGUGUAUGGGCCUCCAGGUUGACCCAGCCUCUCUUGAGACUUCCUUCCGUCAGGCUUAUCAAAGUCAUUGUCGUUUGUUCCCCAACUAUGGGCUGACCCAAGGGAUGACGUCUCACCAGUGGUGGUUGGAUGUGGUGGCACAGACUUUUCGUCUCUCAGGCGUUGAAGAAGAAAAGUCUGUGCAAACCCUGGCAGAGAAGCUUUACCAAGAUUUCUGUACUGCGCGCAACUGGGAGGUCUUGCCAGGUGCCAGGGAGGCCUUGGAUGGCUGUAAGAACCUUGGUCUACGGAUGGCGGUCAUAUCCAAUUUUGACCGCAGGUUGGAAGAGGUUCUAAGACAUUGUGAACUUGAUAAACAUUUUGAAUUUGUAAUGACCUCUGAAAGCGCUGGUAUCUCAAAACCCAAUGUGAGGAUCUUCCACAAGGCUCUAAACCUGGCCAACGUGGCACCAAACCAAGCAGCACACAUAGGAGAUGAUUUUAUUAAUGAUUACAGCUCGGCCCGAAUGGCAGGAAUGUCCAGCUAUUUGAUCCAAAGAAAAAAAGAUACCGUGCUAGGAGAGCAAAGUGUGCCAAAAGAGUAUAUCAUCGAUUCACCUUUACAGCUGAUCCCAAGACUUCAAAGUCUUAUGAAAUAAUCUAAUCAUUGAUUACCACCAUUCACUUACUGCCAUAAUAUUGCGCCUUUUUCUACAGCACUUUGCACAAACGUUAUAGAAAUAUUAAUUGUAAAAAUGUAUAAAUAAAACGUUGUAAAUAA